AUGGACGAUGCCCUUCAGACCCGUAAGAACCUUGACAAACUUGUUGCGAAGCUCAAGAAAGACAAAGGCAACGCGGGGACCCUUUGUUGCAUAAAUGCAAACCCAAGCCGCGGAUCCAGGAAGCUUUCUGCCACAAACCAGCAGCCCAGGGACAUCGCCAGCAUGGAGGAGUGCAUCUCCAAACUGGGAUCGCUUUACGACGAUCUUGCCGGAAUCCAGGCCGAGGUUCCAGCGAAGGAUAUCGUGAACAGAGCGAAAGCCUCCGCAAAAGAUGGAGAUGUUCUGUGUAUUACGGGCAAAUCUGUGGCGGCUGUUUCUGCGGGCAACGAGGAACGUGGUUUGUAUGGGGCUUUGUUGGAAACGAGGCUGCUUGUAAACAUUCCGUGGUCCUAUGUGAAGAUCGGAGAAGGUUGUCUCAGCGAGCACCCCUGUUUCAAGCCUAAAGACAUCAUUCAUGCCCUUGCUGAAUUGGGGAAGUUUGAUACUGUGAUUGGGACUCCGGUUGACGCUUCGGCCGCUGUGCUAGCUGAUUUCUGGGAGAACUUCACAAGGCAGUUUGAGCACCCGGUCACUGCAGAUAUUCAAUCUGGAAAGCUGAAUCCUGCUUUUUUGGUGCCCAUCAAUAUUCAUGGAGAUGGUGGAAGAACUUAUAAGAAGUCUGAACUCAUGGUAUUGCAGCUUCAAUCUGCCAUCGGGGGUGGCUCCAGGCUGAGUGGGCAAAAGCGGAAGCUGCCUUCGGGAGCUGAAGAAGCCGACUACAACCUGAGUGGGCAUAGUCUUGCCACUCGAUAUUUGAUGAGUUGUCUCCAUAAGAGGCAUUACAGUGAUGACCCUACACCCCUGCUUGAGCUCCUGGGCUGUGUUUCGGACUGGCUUGGGGACUUGUACGACAACGGCUACGAGUACCGAGGCCAAGUUUGGAGGUUUGUUCCAAUAGGCCUGAAAGGCGACUUGGUGUUUCAUGCCAAGGCUGCUAGCCUAGAACGGUCGUUCAGUCGUGUUCGCAAACGGAAGGAGACUCCUAAAUCGAAGCCUUUACAGGGCUGCUGCCCGUGGUGUUUAGCAGGAACCCCAAACGUGGCUUUUGAGUGUUUUGACAAAGAGGCUCCCUGGAUACAAACUUCGGGGGCUCGGAACCCAGUACCUUGGACAGAGACCCCUUCGAUCCUGAGAUCGAUCCCGGUCAGCGCGGACCAGCCGUCUUUCUUGAAACCCGAUUUAUUUCACAUUUUGCAAAUGGGAGCCUACAAAGAAUUCGCGGCGAGUGGACUCUGCCUACUGUUGCCUUUCUGUGGCGGUAGCUCUCAGGACGAGAAUAUGGCUACGAUGAACCAGUACCUUGUGAACUAUGUCAAAGAAACGAAGUCCCCGCUUCACAUGCCAAAGCUCUCGCUGGAAAUGAUUGGUGCCAAGACCCCCACCGUUUAUGCUUCUGGGGGCUGGAACAAAGGCCAAGAUUCAGUGGUUUUGAUGGGCUUCGUUGAGUGGCUGAUUGGCAAGCUGCCUGUCGAUGCUUUUCAAAAACCCUGGAAAUACCUGGCUGAGGGCUGCAGAUCAAUUGCGUGUGCGAUGAAGAUUUUGCAUUCGGCCGCUGCUUUUAUGCCUAAAAGCAGUGCCCUGGAGGCAGCCGAGGCUGGAUAUAGAUUCUUGCUCUGCUACGCGAACUUGGUCAAAUGGUCGGUUUCCCAAAAGAAACUUCUGUUCAACCUCAUACCCAAACUGCACUAUCUGCAUCACGUGCUGGUGGAACUGCGGGCGACGGGUUUGAACGACCGAAUUGCCCGUGUUUUCAACCCGAUGUGCAACUGCACAUCACAGUGCGAAGAUUUUAUUGGCCAUAUCGCACGGCUGAGCCGUCGUGUAACCCCAAAGCACCCGCAUACACGUGUUCUGCGACGUUAUCAGGCAGCCCUUGCUGAUAAAAUGGGAUUGCUGAAGUGA